GACAGCACAUAGAGGCAAGAGGUUGUGUAAGCCUGAGUUUCAUUCAUAAUGCUGCAAUAUGUCACUGAUCACGCUAGUACAUCUGAUGUUCAAUACUCCAGGAAAUUCUCGUAUACUCUUGCCUUUGAAAGAGGUGUGAGCCUGUGCGAGUAUAAACUUCAUUCAUAAUAGAGCGAGAGGUCUUAAGUUCAGCAUGUAACUUUGUUGGCUUGCUCAAGUAAGCUUUUGGCAAAUAUUUUUGAGGAGCCCUAAUUGCCGCAAUUCUGCAAAGUGACGUAACCGACGUUUUAAAUUCCGACUUCUUUAGGUAAAUAUCUGGUGACACAGUGCUAUCUCUGUGUUAUGCCAGCUAUAUUAGGAUGUAAAAUUUAAUAGUAAUCUAGCAUCAAUGAAAGAAAAGUUAAAGAAUAACCUAGUAUUUGAAACAUAAUACAGGUAUUCUUCGAUAUAACGUACCCUCGAUAUAACGUACCCUCGAUAUAACGUACCCUCGAUAUAACGUACCCUCGAUAUAGCGAAUUCGAUAUAACGUACAUUUUGCUUCGAUAUAACGUACAACAUUGAAAAAUUUUAUUUUUCCCACGAAUAACCCUUAGAUAAACUACGAAAUUACUUAAAUCAAUGUUUUGUUGCAGCAUUAGUCUUGUUACCCAGAAUUAGCGCAAUUUGGGGGAAAAUUUAGUGUACGUUAUAUCGAAGCACAAAAAACGCAAUGAUUUUUUUUGUCAAAAUUCAAGUUUUUCAUUAUUGGUUUUGUGAAUUCCACCGAAAUCAUUAUUUUGGAUUAAUUUCACAUCGAUACUAGCACAUUCAAUACUAGCAUAAAAAAUAAUAAAUUUUUCUCUGCUUCGAUAUAACGUACACUUCGAUAUAACGUACAAAAAGAAAACUUUUUUGUACGUUAUAUCAAAGAAUACCUGUAACCAAAAAUGUAUUAAAAUUGUCUAUGUCACUUUGCAGAAUUACGGCAGUUAAAUAGUAAUCUUUUGCUUACAAUUAUGUGUUCGAUAGAUACAUACGUAUUUCGACCUCAACUGCAAGGUCGCUUUCAGCUACUCGUGAGUGAUUUUCCGGCGAAUCUAAUUAGGCUGAUACGUGCCAAGAUACGUGCAACGCAGGAUGAAUUAAAAUCAUGUAACCGUUGUUACAAGCUUCAAAUAGUUUUUUUAAAUGCACCAUGUGGUCGAACAUUCAAAUAUUCGAACAUCAUCGGCAGUCAAACUCACUUAGCAGUCCGACACGGCCAUAUGUAACGGCCGUUGUAACAUGGCGUAACACAAUUACAACAAAAUGGGUCAUGGAGUCUCGAGUGGGCUGAAGGGUUCGAAGGAUGAUUGUUGGGCGGCCAUCGCCCACUUAUAAUCAGGCGAGCGUGUAGACCAGAAGUGCUCUGUGGAGUUGAGAAUUUUUAAGAAAAACUAGUGCGAGUAGUGAAUCGAGUUACGUUGGAGAGACCGUUCACCGCAGUUCAGGACCUUUUGUGUGCCUUUUAAACAGUACGUUCUGGUUGGCGCGUCUGAAGACCGCCAUUGCACGCCGGUCAAGGUGACCUCGUAGUCGCCAAGACCUAAUUGUCAAGGACCCCAAUACCUCUGGCCGAAGGCCAUCCACGUCAAGGAGGACUGAUCUCGGGCCGAGGCCCUAAACAUCAAGGAGAAUUCCCUUCACGGUUCGACAAUAGGGCGGCCUUGCCGUCGUCGACCAGUUUAGUCUGAAGGAAGCGCCUGAUCAUCCGAACCAACUCCACAUCGCUGAAUACCGCCAUUCCAGCCCACCGAAAUCCGCCAUUGUCUCCAAAUCCCCGUUCAUCGGUAUCGGGGCCAUCUUGCCGAUCACUACAGCGUCUGAAGGAGUGACCGUGCCGCCGGAAUUAGAUCCGGAAACCCAUCGCGAGCGCUCGCAGGACUGCAGAUCAUCAGGUACGUGCCAGAAAUCCAGUGAAACACCCGUGAACAACACAACAACAGUUUGGCCAAAUAAAAAGUGUAAUUUGAACCGCUCGUGUGAUAACAGAUUACUUGAAUGAUUGAGUGCCAAUUUUGAUCCCGCGAAGCCCCUCCGGUUGCCCGGUAGCGCGCCGACCCUGUGACUACGUCCGAGUCUCGCGCUGCUGAGUUGUUGUCGGGCAGAACAUUAGUUUCAAUUGGCUCCCAGCCAAAAUCGCGAAAGGCAAACGGAGGAUCGAGUAGUAUAAAAAAUUGUUUGAAUUUUUUAACACGAGCGGGAGGAGAAUACACAUUCAGUUUUUCACUGAUUGUGCAGGAUCCGCGCAUUACUCUUUGCCAACACAGAUUUUUAGAUUGAUUUGGAGAAGUUUAAAGGUGGUGGCCAUUGGAAUCGGUUUCGGAAGUGCUGAAAAAUUUGAAGUUUAGAGCACACUACAGUCGUUAGAAUUGAAUUGGAUUACUGACUGAUAAUCAAUUGAAUCGUUAAGCGACUAAAAGUAAAAAAAAAGGUCCUGAAUGAGCACUAACACUAUACACUAAAACACACAAAUUAACACCAUUUAUUGAAUUCGUAUUUCCUUAUUUCGAUUUUUAGUUUUAAAGUUUCCUAGCGUAAGUUGAUUGAAUUUUUAUUUGUAUAUAUUGUGCUACUGUUUUUUGAAUUUCCUUAAUGUUUUAUUGAAUUGCUUAGUUUUGAAUUACCUAUUAUUGAAUUUUCCUUACUGAAUUACUACUCAAUUAACGUCACAAUGAAUGACGAACACGUGAUGAUUUAUCAAUCGAUGAACGUUGCGCACUUACUAGAUGAUGAGGUCGAACAUGAACUCGUCAUCCGUCGGGAGAAGUUUUCUAGUGGUGAUUCGAGGGACGUGAAGAGACGCAAAUUGCGAGGAGUGAUGAAGCUGCAAAGGGAUAAGAACGAUUUUACUAUCUGUUUGUUGAAAGACGAGCAGAUUGAGGCAGAGUUUCAAGAAAUUGACGAAAAGUUGGCCAAGAUUCGCGAGGCGUUAGAAAACAGAUUAGUGAAGAAGGUCGAUAUGCCACCGUUGAAAACGCGGUUAGUUCAUUUGCUUUUCCGGUUGCGUAGGUUGAAAGAAGGAAAGAAGUUCGAUACGCAAGGUCUCGAGAACGCGGCGGUUCAAAUGCUGAACAACUACUUCUCGUUUCUCUCGACUGACCCAGAUGCAGUGUUAGAAACGCAGGAGAGAUUAAGGAACGAUUUGAGUAGGCUUAGUGUUCAAGGAGGGAAAGAGAAUGGAGAGGACGAAGAAACAGAAUCGUUGUCGGAGGAAGACGUUGUUGUAGCGCGUAGAAAGGGUAAGAAAAGGCGGCCUACAAGUACGCCUAGGAAAAUUAGAAGGAGGAAGAUGAAAAGCCCCGACAAAAUGAUGAAGAUGAUGAUGAGCAGAAUAGAUAAGUACCUUGAGCAGAAGUUGAGCAGUUUGAAUCUGAGUAGAGGGAAUGAAAUGAGUAGUAGCCAGUCUAGAGGGCCAGGGAAUAGCGUCGAGGUCGUAGAAUCGGUGAGCGAGGAAGAACAACCGCAAGCUGAGGGAAGCGGAGCGGUAGGAAGAAUCCAGGUCCAGAAGAACAGCAAACCGACUCGUAAAACGCAGGUAGACGACCGUGCCGCGAAGAGAAGAGAGGAAACGCGUAGAGCAGAGGUUUGUGACGAAAGCAGUGAGGACGAUUCGGACGGUUCCACAAGUUCGAGUGACGAGGAGGAAUCUAGCAGCUCGGAUGGAGCCCGCCGCAGUAAGAGGAAGGGAUCGUCUCGUAGACCGCGACCAGUAGCAGAUUGGAAGCUCAAGUACGAUGGGAAGGACGACGGAAAGCUGCUGAAUAAGUUCAUUGCGGAGGUCGAGUUUAUGGCGGAAGCUGAAAACAUCAGCAAGAGGACGUUGUUUAAGGAGGCAAUCCACUUGUUCGCAGGAGAGGUUCGUACAUGGUACAUGGACGGAAAGCGGAACAAGGACUUCAGGAACUGGAGCGAAUUAGUCACGGAGCUGAAGUUGGAGUACCAAUCGCCGGACCUGGAUUUCCACUACGAACAGCAGGCUACGCAGAGAAGACAGAGGAGAUCCGAAAAGUUCUCGGAAUACUACAACGCGAUCAAGGAGAUUUUUGGAUAUAUGUCAGUACCACCCACUGAGGACAGGAAGUUUGACAUCGUGUUUCGAAAUUUAAGGUCCGAUUAUAAAAACGCCUUGGUGGUGAAAAAUAUUCGGACUCUUAAAGCGUUAAAGGUCUGGGGAAGAAAACUGGAUUCGGCAAACUGGUAUUUAUACCGGAACAAGGACAAUGAAGCAGGCCAGAAGUCCGCCCAAGUGCAUGAAGUUUCGAGGAAACCAUUCCAGAAACCAAUGGGCACUACUGGGAAGGAUUGGAAGCCGAAGUCCUUUGGCAACAGGGUUCCAGAGCAGAAACAUCAGGAUCAAAAAUUCCCAAGAAGACCAGCCGAGAAUCAGAAACCACCCACACCUAGGAGAGAUCCACGGAGAGAGCCGUCGCCGCAGGAAGGUAGUUCAGCAGGCACUCUAGCGAGGCAGGCUGAAAUGUACCGUAUGCCAGACAGUGAGGUGUGUUUUAACUGUAGAGGUAAAAACCACCAUUACAAAUCCUGUCUACAGAAGCGUGAGAAGUUUUGUACAAAAUGUGGUUUACAUGACUUUACAACGGAAAAUUGCCUAUUUUGUCAAAAAAACGGACGCAAAUCGACGUAGGAGGUCGUCGAGUGCGGACCCAAAAACCUCUAACUGUCUUCGUGCCGUCCAAUCCAGAAGUGGAGGAGUUAACUGUUCAGGUAGAAGGUGAU